AGGGAGUUUCCGGGCUGGUUAUCGGCACGUGACUCCACUCCCCGAACCAAGUCACGUUUUCCCGGCGAAAAAAGCCAGAAACUUAUUGUUGCGAUCCGCCUUCGCUCUCCGUCCGCGACCCCAGAGUUUGUCCAUUAAAGACUGUCUCAGCCAGCCUGUCGUGCACCACCUCGACUUGAUAUCACGACCCGAUACUUCUUCCUGCAGCUCGCAUCGCAUCGCAAUCGAGCUUGUUGCAUUAUCCCGGAACCGCCGUCUCCCUCUUCUAUCUUCUUACGUCCUCGAUCUUGUAGCUCGUGCAACAGCUACUCGACACUCCGCGCACGCUAGCCAUUUGAGCUCUCCUCCCUCCUCCUCUUCCCUCCUUAUCCAGACUUCGAAAUGGAUCACUCCAGAGAUCCCUGCCCCUGGGUUGCCCUGAGCGACUUUGGUGGUGCUUUCUGUAUGGGUGCUAUCGGUGGUGCCGUCUGGCACGGUGUCAAGGGUUUCAGAAACAGCCCCUAUGGAGAGCGUCGGAUAGGUGCCAUCACAGCCAUCAAGGCUCGUGCGCCCGUUCUCGGUGGUAACUUCGGUGUUUGGGGUGGUCUCUUCUCGACCUUCGACUGUGCGAUCAAGGGUAUCAGAAAGAAGGAGGAUCCUUACAAUGCCAUUAUCGCUGGUUUCUUCACUGGUGGUGCCCUGGCUGUCCGUGGUGGUGUCAAGGCUGCCCGUAACUCGGCUAUCAUGUGUGCUGUCUUCCUGGCUGUCAUCGAGGGUGUCGGUAUCGGUUUCCAGAGAAUGAUGGCCGACAACACAAAACUCGAGCUCCCCCCUCCUCCUCCGACUCCCGAGAAGGCCGUCGCUUAAUUCUCUCCAAAUCGACCCCAAUCUCUUCUUUCAUGUUAGUUAGGAACGUACGAAUUCCCGCGUUGUCAGCAAUAUGCCCAUCUUCCUUCAUAUCCUUAUCGUGGUCUCUCUUCUCUGGUGUUGGGCUGGUUCAUAUCAUUUUAGGAUGCAUGGUAUAGAGGUUCCUUUCAGUUCCUUGCUUCGAUCCUCGCCCCUCUGUCUUAUGAUGUCUUCUUUUCUUUAUAAAGAAAGUGGGGUUUGUCGGCGAUUUUGGAUGACACAACCUCGCAUCCUUGUGUAUUUCUGUCUUCUUUUCGUGUUUACUUCUGCCGAGAGGGCAGAUCCCCGUCACCCAAAAAAGAGGUCUCAGCGGAAUCGGUCGGAGACUGUUCUUUUUAUUUCUUGUACAUUAACAUGCAGAUAACAGGUAUAAUGUGAUACUUAGUACACACACGCA